AUGCGUAACAAUGAGCCCCGGGGCCCAGCAGCUCCGCGAGCUUCCCAGCUCGGCCCGAGCCCCUCUCGGCCCCCAGAGGAGGCGGCGCCUCACUGGGGUCCCCCAACCCCGGCAGACAGCCCACCCGAGGCCAACCUCCGACCGUCCGCCCACACACGCGAAGUUGAAGUCAAACUUUCCUGGGCAGCCCCGGCGCCGCGUCGGCCCCUUCCCCCCCGCUCAGGCCCGCCCCAUCUCCGCACCGGGCCCGGCCACCCACCGCGCAACCCGGCCCGGAGGGCCAACCUCGCCGACUCCUCCCAGCCCCCGCCCCCGAGACCCCCUCGGGCCCGGCCGCCGCGAAGCCUAGGUGAACUCGCGGGAGGCGCCGAUCCGGCGGGUUCGCCAUCGGCAGUUAUAGAACGGUUAACUGCUCCCACUGUGAGGGCAGCCUUUGGCGGAAGAGGAGCGCGGACCCGAGCUCGCCCGGCCGCCCGGUCCCCUCGGGAUCUUGCCCCUCCCUUCCCCACCCCCACCCCUUCCCGAACUGAAAGACAACAAACCCGCCGCGGAGUGCGGGCAGCCGCGACGCGGGCCGCCCUGGACGCGACAACACCACCAGCGACUCGUGUACCCUCUCUCCGACUGAGGCCGGUCUCUCCGGCGCGCCUUACUGCUCCCGCCGCUGCUCUUACUCCUCAACCGAAACUUUCCUACUUACCAAACCCGUCGCCAUUACCAAGUCUUUCAAGCUUCGUCUUCCCCCUCCCCUCAACCCCCCGGGGGUUGAGCCUCCUCCCAGCUCUUUCGCCUUCUUAUUGGUCUAUGGAAGUGUCAUUCGAUCUUUCCCCUUUCCCAUUGGGUGAGCGCGUCGUCCGUCUCGGGAGGCGGGCUUGUAUUGACUUUUGUGUUGUGUUUACUGGAGAAGACGGUCUGUCAAUCACAAGAGUGAGCGCUUCGGAUUGGAUUGCUGCCGAGACUCCGGGGACCUAAGCCAAACUUUGCCCCCGAAAUGGCUUGUGGGUUCGUAGUCUCAGCCUUGCUCUCUUCUGGGAAACUGUGGGCAAGAGAAACCGGUUGGACUACAUAUCCCAGAGGUGCGUGCAGAGCGCUGUCUUGAUAGUAAACAAGAGUCAUAGGGACACGUGUAUCAGCUCGUUUGUUUUGGUGUCUGGGACAAAAGGGAGGGGGCGGAGGAAGGGAGUGUUUUAAAGUUUUGGCCUCUUCUCUUCCUCUGGGCCUCUCUCAGCGCUCGGAGAGCCCCAGUCUCUCGCAGCACCCAUUUCGGGCCAUAAACAGCCAGAAUCGCUUGCUGUUCGAAGUUUGGCAGGAGGCCAAGGUCAGAGGGAGGUCUUCCAGCUAAAGGUGGCAUCUGUGAUGACUUAUCGUUAACAGCUGGACAACAAAACCGUCCUGCGUUUGACAAACCCAAACCUUCGUUUCGUGGGACUAGGAUGAGGAAGUAUUCCCACAGACCCUCCGGCUUUGCCCACAGACCUAGAUGGAUGCUAUAAAAAUACUGUUCUAGCUGGCUU